AUGUUGAGAAACCGACGAUUGACCGGGUUCUCCGGAGCGAUGGCGGGAAACACAAUGGUAGUCAAGAGUAGCGACAAGGUGCCCUUAAAUAUGAGUUAUAAAUCGCUACUUGUCUACUUAGAUAUAGUGUUAUAUCUAAUCAAAUGCCAGUCCGCCGAAAUUGCGAGUGGAAAAGGCCGGCUUACCCCGGGUAUAAUCAAUAUCAUUUCGGGGCAUGGUCAAAUCUCAGGGAACAUUCUAUCCCAUCACAUGGAUUCUGUUGCUACAUCUAACAUGAAGAACGUAAUUUUGGAACUCGGUGGAAAAUCCCCAGCAAUUAUCUUCUCUGAUUCGGACAUCGCAAAAGCGGUCGAAGAAACAAAAGAUAGCGUACAAUGGAACAGCGGUCAGGUUUGCAUGGCGAACUCGAGAAUCUAUGCCCAUGAAUCGAUUGCAUCAACCUUUAUCGAGUUAUUCAACAAGCGAUUUGCCGCCGUUGUAAUUGGUAAUCCGCUUCUACCCGACGACCCACGGGCCACCGGCAGAUGA